GGGAGAUACCCGAAAAAUUACUUCAACUGCCAAAAGAGAUAAAAAAGAUUUUGUUUUGUGAAAAAAAACCGCCGUGGGAAUUAACUGACCUUCGCCAUGAGGAGCAGGAAGACCGGGGUGACAUACCGAAUGUGCCGUUUUUAUCCAAGAAAUUUUUGCCGGAAAAACCAUUGAUAUUCAUGGAACUAAGUAAAAUUUGGCUUCAUGUCGCCCAUAUUCAUUGGAACCAAGAAAAAAUGUCAAAGUCGUUGGGAAAUGUUAUUUUAGCCAAACAUUUUUACCAAAAAUAUGGGGCUAAUACCCUUCGUUAUUUGGUCCUAAGCA